AAAACAAAAUGGUGGAUCGCUGACCUAUUCUGAAAUGAUAUUGAGGAAAAGUUAUCCCGCGGCGCGUCUAAUCGUCGGCAUACUACUAGUCCUCGCGGGAACUUCUUUCACUGUUUUCCCGGUAUACCUUCGAGGGGACGAAGGGGUGGCCUUGGGUUUCACUUAUUAUGGUUCUGGUGCAUUUGGUGCCUGGAUGUGCUUGAUGGGUCUGGUUGGUCUUUGCGGAUGCUUAGGGAAGACUCAAAGUUAUAUUAUAUGCUACUACGGCUGCGAUACUUGCACAUCAGUGAUUGGUUGUGUUUCGAUCAUAUCCAUGGUUUCCUACUUAUUGGGGAGCAAUGAAAUUAUUUUUGACGUCAUAUUCGGCUUAGCAAUCAUUGGUUUACUUUUGGGACCUUUGGGAGCCAUCUUUCAAUGGGUCAAAUUUCGAACAGAACAGGAGCAGGGAGUGGCGAGUGCAACGAAUAUUGCAUCGAAUUCAGCUACGAAUCCUUCUGCUGGGCAGGUUCCAAUUUCUGCGCCAUACGAGCCAGGGCACAACACAUCACAAAAUGAUCAGGUAUCUCGUAAUAUUUUAGUUGUGGAUAUUGGUCCAGAUGAGGCGCUUUAUGAAAGUGAAGAGCCUCCCCCACCAUAUGACGUCACAUUACAAGACCAAAACGUCUUUUGUGAUUUUCUACUCGUGGCUACAAACCCAGACCCAAGUGAGGAGCCACCCCCAUCGUAUGAAGACGCACUACAAGACGAACACUUACAGUUAGCAGUCUCUGAAAGGGCGUCUUCUGUUGUGGGAGCAGGAAAUGGAACUCGCCAACUUGAGAUAGCUCCACCACCCUAUGAUGAAGAUAUGCCACAAAGUGAACAGGACAGUCCCAGACUGUACGUCCUGGUCCAUAUCUGAAGAGAUUGUAAUUAUGAUACGGGCCGACCAAGUUGAGCUUCCUCCCUCUGAUAUACAUUCGAAACGAAUGUGUUUAGUUAUGGCUUUCAAUUAAUCUGAUUAUAAAAAGAAAGAUGCGCUGUUCGUAAAAUGCGACUUCAGUUAUAAAAUUUAAGUUAUAAUCGGUUUGAGCGGCAAAUUGUAAUUGAAGACCUCGAUAUCGGAUGAAAGACUUCAGCAACCACAGCAGUUUAUAAUUAAUGUCAUACACGAAUGUCAGUCAUAAGAAAUAACCCCGUAAAUAAUUGCAUUUUAUUACAUGGAUGUAAAUAUUGAAGGUAAUAGAUCAGAAGAGGUAAUCUACGCUCCCGCUGGAGAGAAUAAGGUUUUGGCCAUGGGACUUAACAAUAAUAAUCAUAAUCAUAAUAAUUAUCAUAAUGAUGGGCGAAAGCUAUGCGACUACAUGUCGUGGAUUAGUGCAAGAGUGUCCUUCGCGCUGCCGAGAUCAGCAUUCCUUUGCUUAAGAGGCUCGUGAGUUCACUUAGAGUUGACUUGGAUAUUGAAAAAGGACAUGCUAAUAUUUCCUAAGGCUUUGAAAGAGCUAUUUCUGAGGAACUCUGGCCAAGGCCAGGAACAGUGAUGGGCGAACUUUUUUAGGAUUACAAAUUUUAAUUUUUUUUCCACAUUACUAUUAUUACUUUUUUUAUCUUCUUAAAAGUUCAAGAGGUAAACGUAAACAAAGCGUGUAUAUGUUAGUUUUUUCUUAGAUCUCUUAUUGAACAAUCGAUUUCUAAGGAUCCUAUCAUGACUUUUGUAAAUAUUUUUAGAAAUUAGAGUGAAUAAAGAUUCAUCAUUAUUGAUAAGAAAUGAAAUAAGAAAAAUAAUAGUAAUAAUAAUAACA